AUGCCUGCCCCAGUCACCGUCUCCGCCGCGCCUGCCCCGGCAUCCCGCACGAGGGCAGAGCACUGGGCAAACGACACUGCGACAAAGUUCACAAACCCGUGGCCAUCAGCCCACGGUCCACCGGCCCGCAUGGACGUGGCCAAGUUUCUCUGGGCUGGCCUUUGGGUGAAGCAGCCCGAUCUCGACAACAUCGACGCGUUCGUCCAGCAGCAGACGCCCGACUUCACGCCUCCACUGCGCGGCGCAAAGGCGACGUGGCUCGGGCACGCCUGCGUCCUGCUGCAGUUUGCACCUGAGGGAGACGAGAAGCGCGGCCUCAACAUCCUCUUCGACCCCGUGUUUGGCCAGCGCUGCGGGCCGAACCAGUACUUUGGCGCGCCGAAGCGGUACACCCAGGUCCCGUGCGGCGGCGUGAAGGGGCUUCCGGAGAUUGACGUUGUCGUCAUUUCGCACAACCACUACGACCACCUCGACCUGCCGACGCUGCAGGCGCUCUAUGCGCAGCAGCCAGAGCACGCCCCCGCCAUGCUAAUGCCGCUGAACACCUCGCGCCUGAUCAACUUUGUGCCCCCCGAGCGCAUCCGCGAGCUGGACUGGUGGGAGUCCAUCCGCAUCGAGAGUCCCCAGGGCAGCGCCGAGUUCACGUCAACGCCAGCCCAGCACAUGACGGCGCGCACGCCGUUCGACCUGGCGGCGAGCCUGUGGUGUUCCUGGGCCAUCAAGGCGAGCGACGGCACAAACGUCUGGUUCUCCGGCGACACGGGGUACAGCGCCGUGGACCGCGACGACGACUACAGUGCGGACCCAGACCGUCCCUUCUGUCCCGAGUUUAGGAGGAUUGGCGAGAAACUCGGUCCCUUUGAUUUGGCUUUCUUGCCGAUUGGAGCGUAUGCGCCGCGCACGUUCCUCAGCACGGUGCACACGGCGCCGAUCGACGCGGUGCGGAUCUUCCAGGACAUCAGGGCGCGCAAGGCGUUUGCGAUCCACUGGGGCACGUGGGACCUGAGCCAUGAGCCGCUGUCCGAGCCGCCGCGCAUGCUCGCGAGCGCGAGGGAGGAGAUGGGCGUCAGUAAAGAAGAGUUUGACACGAUUGCGCUGGGCGGGAGUGUGUCCGUGGAGCCGAGGCCGUGA